AUGAAUUGUUUAGAAAAUAUUUUAUUGCAGUUAAAAGAUGAUUUAUGCUCACUUCAUUCGUGUCUUCUCGUUAAUCGAGAUUGGUGUCGACUCGUUAUUCCAUUAUUAUGGAGUCAACCUUUUGAAUUAUCUAAAGAAACAUCAUCGCAUAAAAUCGUGAGGACGUAUAUAUCAUGUUUACCAAAAGAAUCCAAAAAACGAUUUAGGAUUGGAGGAAUCAAAUUACCCGACUUUACGACGACAUUAUUUGAUUACCCAAUAUUUUUACAAAAGUUUGAUACACAAAAAUUUUGUCAUGCCCUAAAUAAAUGCUUACAACAUAAUUCACCACAAUAUUUCUAUGCGACUAAAUCAAGAAAUAAAUUUAAUCAAAUGCUUAUAAAACAAAUUAAAUUAUUUAAAGGUUUUUAUAUCAUAAACCCAAAGAAUAAUCUUGAUAAAGCUAUAAAUAAAUGCUUUAAACCUCUCUUAAAAAAGUAUUAUUCAACAAACCCGAGUUCUUGCAUGGCGAAAGAAAUCUUAUAUUUAUUAUUUAAUGAAAGUGAUUCCCUAAAAUAUCUGAUCAUUAAUAGUUGUUUGGACAAUAAAUACAAAAUGGACAUAAGGUUACAUUUAUUCACUCAAGGACAUCAUAAUUCUUUAAAGAACCUUCAUACCUUGGAAAUUGAUUUUGUAAAGAGAUUGAGGUAUAAUAGGGAUUGGAAAAGGGAAGAUACCCUUUUAACCGAACUCUUAAAUAAAAUGUCACAAUUUGCCAUUCACUUGAAAGAGAUUAGAAUCGAAAUACCGAGGGAUCUUCGGAAUCCUUGGGAAGAACAACAUUUAACGUCAAGGUUUCAUCGAAGUUUAUGUAAAUUAAUCGAAUCACAAAUAGGUCUGCGGAGGUUUAAAUCGAAUUAUUAUUGGGAUCAAUCAGAAAUUUCCUUGUACAAGUCAUUAAUACGUCAAUCUCAUUCUUUAUCCCAUUUAACCCUUAUGGAAUUAAUACGCUCUGAUUAUUACCUUAGAGAUGGUUUGGCUGCGUGGAAAAAUCUAAAGACGUUAGAACUAUUGGGUGGGUCAGACUUCCUCACCCCAUCAGACAUUGAAUUGGAUCAGUUAUCAAUCGUCAAUUUACUCGUUGGUCACAAUUAUGAACCCGAUCCAUUGAUUCCGAAGAUCCUUAAAGCGACUAAUAUUAAUCUAAGAAGGCUCAUUUUAGAUGGAAGUUCAAAUCCGAUAAUUUUUGAUACCAUUAAGACGUCAUGUUCACAGAUAACUCAUUUGUCAAUCUCAUUCUUAUUAGAUAAUUAUAAUUAUAUCAUCUCUUUGCUUUCCAACUUACUUUCCAAUUUACAUCAAUUAAAAUAUUUAAAUCUAUCAAGUAGAGAAAUUAAUCACACAUCAAUCAUAUUUGAAUCUUUAUUAAAAUUAUCAAAAUCAUUACCUUUAUAUUUACAACAUCUUGUAUUGGAAUUUAAUAUGCAUUACUUAAGUUUAGAUUAUUUUUUAAAACAAUGUCAUCAUUUAAUUAUUUUAGACAUAAUUUAUAAUAAUAGUAAAAAUAUUAAAGAUGAAUUAUUUUUUACUUUAAUACAAUAUAAAAAAGAUAAUACUAAUUGCAACAAAAUUAGAUUUUUUAGUUCUUCCAGUUUAGAUUUAGAUUCUUUAGAUAAUGCAUCCGAAUUUAUUACUUUUGUUCAGGAGAAAAAUCCAAACUUUAACAUUCAUGUUUGGUAA